UGGAGGAGGCGGAGCCCAACCGGCAAGAUGGCGCCGUCUGCCUUGCUGCGUCCUUUCUACAAGCUGCUGGCCCCGGCCAGGCUCCCGAGCGGCUCUUCAGCGCGGUCAAAGUUCUACAUUCGGGAACCGCCACAAGGCAGACCUGACUGGCUGAAGGUUGGACUGACCUUGGGCACCUCCGUUUUCUUGUGGAUCUAUCUCAUCAAACAACAUAAUGAAGAUGUUUUAGAGUAUAAAAGAAGAAAUGGGUUGGAAUAAACUUUUGAAAUACCAAUACAGUAUAUAGUGUUUAUAGCAGUUCCUCUGGAUUCACCAAUCUGUUGAGCUGUAAACUGAGAGAGUUACAUGUGAACAUAUGUCAAGUCAGCAUUUGUGUUUCACAUAAUUAAAUUAAAAAAUACUUGUGUAUUCUUCA